AUGUUUUCUUCUUCUUCAUCUUACUCAUGCUCCAAGUUCACUCUUUUUUCUCCUUCUCAGCACCCCAAUUCCUCUAAACUCCAUCUGUUUACACCCCUGAAAACACCUCACUCAAUCACCUCAAACAACCAUAAUGUAAUUCCUGUACAUUCUCAUGAUUCAUCAUCAUCAUCAUCGUCAUCUCCGGUUCUUCAAGAAAAGCAUCAAAGUUCUUCAUCACAGGCCGACAGCAGCGAAAUCGACAGCCCCGAAUGUCUCGAUGAAGAGAUUGCGAACGCCAAGAAGUCCCUAGAGGAGUUGCUCGUCGUUCGUCGGCCGGUAUUGAAGUUUGGAGAAGAAAAUGCAGUCGACGAAAAUGAACUGUCUGAUAAGGAGAAAGGGAUUUUUCCUUCUUCGGGUCUCGACGAACGGCUGUCGAGACUUGCGAAGAAGAUGCCGAUUUUCGAGCCUAAGGCAGUCGAGUCGGGUUCCGGUGAGAAGCCCCUGUCGGUGAAUUUGGAUUUGGCUCUGUAUAAAGCAAAGAUUUUGGCAAGGAAUUAUAGGUAUGAAGAGGCAGAGGAGAUACUGAGGAAGUGUAUAAACUAUUGGCCAGAAGAUGGGAGACCCUACGUUGCCUUAGGGAGGACUUUGAGCAAACAGUCGAAAACGAAUGAAGCCAGAGCUGUGUAUGAAAAGGGAAGCCAGGCUACGCAAGGCGAGAAUCCUUACAUUUGGCAGUGCUGGGCAGUUCUUGAAAAUAAGAUGGGCAACAGCAGGAAAGCUAAAGAAUUGUUCGAUGCAGCCACAGUUGCCGACAAAAAGCACGUUGCAGGCUGGCACGGAUGGGCAGUUUUGGAAAUGAAGCAAGGGAAUAUCAGAAAGGCAAGGAACCUUCUCGGCAAGGCUCUCAAGUUUUGUGGCGGGAAUGAAUACAUAUACCAAACACUCGCGCUGCUUGAAGUCAAAGCAAAACGGUUUGAAGAAGCUCGCUAUUUGUUCAAGCAAGCCACCAAAUGCAACGCGAAAAGCUGCGCCAGCUGGCUCGCGUGGGCCCAGCUUGAGGCGCGACAAGAGAACAACCGUGCUGCUAGGAUGCUUUUUGAGAGAGCUGUCCAGGCUAGUCCCAAGAACCGGUUCGCGUGGCAUGUGUGGGGAGUCUUUGAAUCUAAUCUUGGAAAUGCUGAUUUAGCAAGGAAGCUUCUGAAGGUGGGCCAUGCUGUGAACCCGAAAGAUCCCGUACUUUUGCAGUCACUUGCACUACUCGAGUACAAGUACUCGUCAGCAAAUAUUGCAAGAGUGCUCUUCAGAAGGGCAUCCGAGCUGGAUCCGAGGCAUCAGCCAGUUUGGACUGCUUGGGGUUGGAUGGAAUGGAAAGAAGGAAACUUGGGCACAGCUAGAGAGCUAUACCAAAAGGCGCUCUCAAUAAAUGUAACGAGCGAAAGCGCUGCACGUUGUCUUCAGGCCUGGGGAGUUUUAGAACAAAGAGCGGGCAAUCCAUCAGCAGCUCGAAGAUUAUUCAGAUCUUCACUUAACAUAAAUUCACAAAGCUAUGUGACAUGGAUGACUUGGGCAUCUCUCGAAGAAGAUCAAGGAGAUUCUGUUCGUGCUGAGGAAAUUCGAGACCUCUACUUCCAGCAGCGUACGGAGAUUGUUGAUGAUGCAUCAUGGGUCAUGGGAUUCAUGGACAUCAUCGACCCAGCCAUCGACAGCAUAAAGAAACUUUUGAACAUGGAGAAAGCCAAGGAUUCUACAGGCAACGAUAAAGAUGAGCAAUCAAAAGAAAUUUCUACAGGCCAUCUUAAUGCCAUUGCAAGUGGAACUGGUUUCGAUUUAGACGAGUUUAUUAGAAAAAAAUUAUUGCUAGACCCUUUGAAACUUGAAGUCCAGUUUGAGUCUGCAAUGGGCUCUUCAAGAUCAGCAAAAAGUUCUUGGAGACCAAUGAAGAAGAAAAAUACGACAGCUUCCUAA